AUGGAGCCGGCGCCGGGCGAGCUGUCCGACCUGAGCAGCCGGGAGGCGCAGACGCUGCGCGAGGCGCUGUGCCGCUACGAGGACACCCUGCGGGGCUCCGUGCGCCAGAUCCACGGAGACGUGCAGCGGGUGAAGGAGGGCGUGGAGCGCCAGGUGGGCGAAGCGCUGCGGCUGGCAGCCCCCUUGGCCCGCACCGUGGCAGACCUGCAGCAAGACCACCGGCGCCUGCGGGCCCAGCUGGACCGGCUGGCCAGACACGUGGACGCCCUGGGCCGGGCCGCCGGGCUCCCCGAGCCCCCGGACACCCCCGAAGACACCCCUCCUGGCACUACCCCCGCCCCAGGCCCCCCCGGGGGCACUGCCCGCUUCGCCACCCGGGCCAUCUUCUCGCUGUCUGGACGCAGCCAGAGUCUGGACCAGUUUGAGCCUGGCGAGACAGAGCUGAGGAGACCCUCUGCCUCUCCACUGGUGGAGAAUGGCCACCAGCCCAACUCCGGUCCAGCCAAGUUCUUUCCCGACGGGCCCGAGGGGUUCCAGGUCUCUCCCCUCACCGAGGCCUACCCCCAGAGCAUCAACCUGCGGAGGCCGCACCUCCCCGUCACUGCCACCACCCGUGUCCCGGAAAGGUUUUCCGGGGAGACCUCCGCUCCGCAUCCCACCUCGACCGCAGCUGGGGCCCUUGGAAGCCCAAGCAGGAUUCCUGGUGAGGCUGUGGCCAGAACUUCCAGCCAGCCAGGGAGUUCCGUCAAGUCCUGGAAUGCCAGUUCCAUGAAGACAGUGGGCACCUCGUUAACGUCAGAGAAAAGUUCUUCAGUCACCAGAUCCGUGGCAGCUGUGGAGUUUGGAAUGGCCAGGGGCCUCAAGAGCAGUGAAAGCUCGGCGGACAACCAGAUGGGCCCGACUCCCGGGUCUCCUUCCCCCGUGAUGGCAGCCCCCCGGCCAGGCGAACGGAGGCGGGAGCUUGUGCGGUCCCAGACCCUGCCCCGCACCUCGGGGACCCAGGCCCGCAGAGCCCUCUUCGAGAAGCUGGAGCAAGACACCGGCAAGGGGAAAGGAGAGUCGAGGGCGAAGCUAAAGCGAUCCCAGAGCUUUGGGGUGGCCAGCGCCAGCAGCAUCAAGCAAAUCCUGCUAGAUUGGUGCCGUUCCAAGACUGUCGGCUACCAGCACGUCGAUCUCCAGAACUUCUCCUCCAGCUGGAGUGACGGGAUGGCGUUCUGUGCCCUUGUGCACUCAUUUUUCCCGGAAGCGUUUGACUACAACUCCCUCAACCCUGGCAACCGACAGAAGAACUUCGAGCUGGCUUUCACCGCGGCAGAGGAGUUUGCUCACUGUGACCGCCUCAUCGAAGUGGAAGAUAUGAUGGUGAUGGGACACAAACCAGAUCCUAUGUGCGUCUUCACCUAUGUCCAGUCCCUGUACAACCACCUGAGGCGUUUCGAGUGACCGCCGUCCCAGCUGGACGAAAGGGGCACCCUGACAGGACUUUCCCGGAAGUUGUAUUUGAAGGCAAAAACAGAGUUCGCACGCUGAGGAGAAAGCACCGCUUCCAUCCUGUAUUUCUGUUUGCAUUCGACCGCGUUACCGAUUAAAACUGUUUCUGAGACGAA